GUGUUCGUGUCCUCUACGGCGCUGUCAAUAAAGAACGGCAGUUUGAAUCGGUGCUGAACAGAUGAGGAAACAGACCCAGAGAGGAGAGAUGCCCAAGAGAGUUGGUGAUGGAGCCCCAGUGGUUACGCAUUGGGCUGUGAUCUGCAAGAACCUUGUCGUUGCCCUGAGAAGAAACCUGACCAUUAGCAGUCACUCUUCCCUCCCAGAGUCCGUCAGCCGCGGGCCUGCUCUCUGCAUACAUUCGCCGAUCCUGGGCAUCCUGUGUAAAUAGAGUCCUACAAUAGAUGAUCCUUGUGUGUGUGGAUUCAUUCACUUCAGCUUUCAAGCCUCAUUCAUAUUGCAGCCGCCCCCCCAGGGGGCCCCCGACAAAGGGAGGUCUGAGCGCAGCAUCUGCUAUGGAGCUCCCCGACUACAGCCGGCAGCUGCUGCAGCAGCUCUACGCCCUGUGCAAGGAACAACAGUUCUGUGACUGCACCAUCUCCAUCGGCUCCAUCUACUUCCGCGCUCACAAACUUGUCCUGGCCGCCGCCAGCCUCCUGUUCAAGACUCUGCUGGAUUCCACAGACACCAUCUCCAUCGACGCCUCCAUGGUGAGCCCCGAGGAGUUCGCCCUCCUGCUAGAGAUGAUGUACACUGGCAAGCUCCCUGUGGGCAAGCACAACUUCUCCAAAAUCAUCUCCUUAGCCGACAGCCUGCAGAUGUUCGAUGUGGCCGUGAGCUGUAAGAACCUGCUGACCAGCCUUGUCAGCGGCUCAUCUGUUCAGGGCCAGGUGGUGAGAGAGGCCGCCGAGCCAUCCCCAGAGCCACUCAGGAAGGAAUCCGAGAAGCCUCCAAUGGAAAUUCUGCCCUCUGGGGGGGCUGUGGAUCCCUGGGCUCCCCCAGAGGGUGCUGCCCCUUCAGGGGACCCCGUGAAAGCCACGACUGGGGAGGCCACCCCGAGGGCUUCUCAGGAGUCGAGCGUGGAUUGUCCUACUGCCCAGGAUAUUCCAGGGAGCACCACAACGCCCUCGGAGCCACCUGCUGCCAAGGAGGGGGGCUCCCCAGCCCUUACCAAGGCGACAGAGGCAAGCCCAGAGCCAGAGAACGAGAGGAAGUGCUACCAGCUGGAUUUUCUUCUGGAAAAUGAAAGUGUCUUCUCAGAGGCACUCUCUGCUACCCAGGAUGUUUUACAAAGACUGGAGGACUGUUCAGAAAUUAAAGGCCCGCAGAAGGAGAUCAUGAUGGAAUGUUUCGAGGCUGGAGGAGGACACUCAGCAUUCCAGAGGAUCCUGGACAAAGUCAGAGAGGAGAGGGUGCACGUUCCGACGGUUGUGUCCCUGUUGCGGCUGUACCAGGAUGCUAAUCCCGCUGUAAAAGCAGCGCUAGUAGGGAGGACACUGGAAGCCGUGGAAGGAGCCCAGCCCAAAGGGAGCACAGAGGAGGGAAAGACCUUGUCCAUUCUGUUGCUGGAGCACAGAGAGGACCUGAUACAGUGUGUAAAGCAGCUGAGACCUAUUGUGGAGUUCCUGGAAACAGCCAAGGAAGGAUUCCUGACUGGCGCUGAGAAGAGGGUGAUUCUGAAUUGCUGUGAGGGGGGAGCCCCCGAGGAGACAAUAGACAAGCUGCUGCACAGAGUGUCUGAAGAGAAGACCCUGACUGCGGAGAGUUUGGUAAAACUCCUUCAGGCCGUGAGAGCGACAUUCCCAAACUUGGGUCUUCUGCUGGAGAAUCUGCAGAAAUUAGCCAGUGUGCCAAGCACCACAGUCCAACCUAGCACUGAUGAUUAUGGGACUGAACUACUGAGACGGUACCACGAAAACCUCUUGGAGAUUUUCACCGACAGCCAGCUGUUACUCGAGGUGAUCUCCCGGGCGGACUGCUUUGCCCCUGAAGAAAGAGAGGUCAUGGAGCAGCUUGUGAAACGUGACUCUGGCUCAGGAGGCUUCAGUUCUCUGCUCUCAGCAGUUCUAGAAAAGCAGGCUCUCUCUGCCACGGCCAUUUGGCAACUGCUGCUGGCGGCUCAAGAGGCAGAGACUUGCCCAUUGAACUUGCUCAUGAAAGAAAUACAGAAGGAUCCUGGGGCCAGAGCUUUCUUCCGGGCAGUGACCACACCAGAAAGUGCUGCCCUAGAAAUCAUCCUGCGGCAGAAGAGGCCGAUCCUGGAGGCCCUCGAGCAGCGAGCGGACCUGAAGCACUGUGCCUCGGGGGACGAGCACCUGGCAGAGACGGUGAAGGAGAUCCUGAGCAUUUCCGCUGAGACUGCCAGCCCUGAAGCUUCCCUGAGAGCCCUGCUGAGCCGAGCCACGGAAAAAUCCGUCUCGGCUAUUGAAAUCUGCCACUUCCUGUGCCGCAUGCACACAUCGUCUCGAGGCCUGCAGCCGGUCAUGCAGGAGUUAGCGCGUGUGGGUUUUCUCAGUAAGGAAGCUGGGCAGCGGGACGUGUGGAAGGUGAGUAAGAUGUUUCACCCUGGAGCCAGCGAGAAGGCAGGUGAAAAGACAGCUGAGCCAGCCGAAGAAGACGGCCAGCCCGGGAGGCAGGACGACGACGACGAGGGCGAGACGGGUCCGUUGCCCGAGCUGGAGAAGGAUGCUUCUGGCUCCCCAGACGCUGCCAAGAAGAGCUUCGUCUGUAAGGCCUGUGACAAAAGCUUCCAUUUCUACUGCCGCCUGAAGGUGCACAUGAGGCGCUGCCGGGUGGCCAAGAGCCAGCAGGUGCAGCGCAAGGAGCGUGGCGAGGCCGAGGGUCCUCGGAAGGAGCUGGAGAGGUGCCAGCUGGAGGCCCAUGACGCGGACAGUGCGGUCGAGUCUUGCGCCCCCAAGAAGAAGAAGAAGCGGCUCCCCGUGACAUGCGACCUCUGUGGCAGGGAGUUUGCUCAUGCCUCAGGCAUGCAGUAUCACAGACUGACCGAGCACUUCGACGAGAAACCCUUCUCCUGUGAAGAGUGUGGUGCAAAGUUUGCAGCCAACUCCACCCUGAAGAACCACCUUCGCCUUCACACGGGGGACCGCCCGUUCAUGUGCAAGCACUGCCUCAUGACCUUCACCCAGGCCUCUGCCCUGGCCUACCACACCAAGAAGAAGCACUCGGAAGGGAAAAUGUAUGCCUGCCAGUACUGUGAUGCUGUGUUCGCCCAGUCCAUUGAGCUCUCCCGCCACGUGAGGACCCACACUGGGGACAAGCCAUACGUCUGCAGGGACUGUGGCAAGGGCUUUCGGCAAGCCAACGGCCUCUCCAUCCACCUGCACACCUUUCACAACAUAGAAGACCCCUACGACUGCAAGAAGUGCAGGAUGAGCUUCCCCACUCUGCAGGACCACCGCAAGCACAUCCACGAGGUGCACUCCAAGGAGUACCACCCCUGCCCCACCUGCGGGAAGAUCUUCAGCGCCCCCUCCAUGCUGGAACGGCACAUGGUGACCCACGUGGGUGGCAAGCCCUUCAGCUGUGGAAUCUGCAACAAGGCCUACCAGCAAUUGUCUGGCUUGUGGUACCACAAUCGAACUCACCACCCUGACGUGUUUGCUGCCCAGAAUCAUCGCUCUUCCAAGUUCUCGUCCCUGCAGUGCAGCUCCUGUGACAAAGCCUUCCCCAAUGCCACUGAGCACAAGAAGCACAUCAAAGCUGAGCAUGCAGACGUCAAGUUCCACGAGUGUGACAAAUGUAAGGAGCUCUUCCCCACGCCAGCUCUGCUGCAGGUGCACAUCAAGUGCCAGCACUCAGGGUCCCAGCCUUUCCGGUGCCUGUAUUGCUCGGCCACCUUCCGUUUCCCUGGAGCGCUGCAGCACCACGUCACCACGGAGCACUUCAAGCAGUCCGAGAGCACCUUCCCUUGCGAGCUCUGUGGGGAGCUCUUCACUGCCCAGACCCAGCUGGACAGCCAUUUGGAGUCUGAACACCCAAAGGUGGCGGGCACCGAGACUCCGGCCGCUGCCUCACAGACGGUGCAGGUGACCCAGGCGCCGGCGCCGGCGGCCCCUGCUGAGCAGGUGAUCACGCUGGAGGAGACCCAGCUGGCUGGCUCCCAGGUGUUUGUGACUCUGCCAGAUUCCCAGGCCUCUCAGCACAGCUCUGAGCUGGUGGCAGUGACAGUGGAGGAUUUGCUAGAUGGGACCGUGACCCUGAUCUAUGGGGAGGCCAAGUGAGUGGCUGGCCAUGCUCCGCAAGGACCCUGAGACUCCUCCCAAAGAGCGCCCCACAGCUUGUUUCCCACCUUCUGACCCCACUGUCCUAAGGGGGAGGGGUUCUACCUGAGCCCCAGCCCAGGUGGCCUCACCAGUGUUCUUGUGGCGCUGACAGUGAGUCCCGUCAUCCACAGCAGGCAGGAGGAUGACCUGGCUUGGAUUCGUGGGCCUGCUGCUCUGCUCUCUGCCCUCACCCGUCCCCAGAUAAGUUGUCACUUCUAAAGUGGAGGCUGAAGGAGCGGUGGGCUAGGAACUGAUGGAUCAAGGUUGCCAGAAAGCACAUUGUGCUGGCUGCCCUCUGUACAGCGUGGCACGGCCCCAUGUGGGGCUGCCAGAAUAACCAGCAGAGCCUCCCAGCGCCCAGCCCUUCCUCCUCCUAUCCGGCCCCCACCCCACCCCCGCGGUGGCAGAGGGACAGGAAGCCCCUACAUAGUCUCCCAGAGUACAGGGCUGUUGCUGCUGGAGAGUCUCAUGCCAGGCCACCGCCCUCAGUACCUGGGGUUGGCCCCGCGCCGCCUCAGGCCAAGACGUGAGGUUCUGUCUACUGUGGACUAGCAGCCUUGCCGGUGCCACCCGCUCCCACCAUGGCCUCCCUGCUGUGGCAGCCUGCUCCUGUCGCUCUUGACAGGCCACCCUGUAGCCACCAGUCAUCGGACCUUGGCCACUUGCUUCUCUUUCGUUGGUAAAAUAUGAUCUGACAAUGGCAUGUGGGCUCCAUCAGGAAGUGCACUGAGAUGGAUGUGGGCCUCUGCCGUUUGGGGCAUGACUAGCAUUCGUCUUCCUCCCCCCCAAAAGCUUGGGGUUUGCCCAGGCGACAUGGACACACCAGCAGGACUCCCGGGCUGGUGGCUGGCUCCGCCCAGGGGCAGUGCUCAGUUUAAUCGCGUACCUCAAGCCCCAUGCUGACGGGAACAGCCCACCACCUCUUCCCAAGCACACCCCAAGUGGCCCUGCCCAAAUAGGAGGGGGUUGGCUCUGCAGUCUGGUCGGAGCUCUCUGCCAUGCAGUCAGCUUGCACACUGCAGGGUGCAAAAGAUGGAGCCUUGACACUGGUCCAUCUGCUCCAAGCACGCUGGCCACCAGCAAGCUGCAGGCAGCCCUGGACCAGCAUCCUCAGCGAGCAGCCGGCUGCCCGCCUCCGAUAGUGGCCUCAUUCUCAUGUGCAGAUCACCUUGGUCUGUCAGAACUGGGAUCUUCCCAUUCCCCAGCAAAAGUGUUCCCAGAAGAGUCCGCCUCAGACGCUGAAAACUGACCAGAAGAUGGCGCUCAAACCUUGAGGACUUCGCCUCCCCGUGAGGGCCUGGCUAGGCUGCCCCAGCUCCCACAGAGAGCUGUCGGGCCAGGAGAGCUCUUGAUCUGCAAGCAGCAAAGGGGAACUGAGGCUCCUUUGGGCUCGAAUGAAACCGGCUGAAAGGAGUUGGGGGUCGGGGGGGGGCACACACACCUAAAGGGCCCUGUUGCCAAGCCCUAUGGGUAAGAAUGCAGGUGCCCAUAAGCCAGAGGCAGUGCCGUUGUCUCCCAGACAAAAAACAAAACCAGAACAAUUAAUUGCUGCGGCCCUGUCAGGGAAAGUGAUCUUUAAAAGCCUUCUGAGUAGAGAAAGAUACACAGUUAGACCCAAGCUUCAGAUCCUUGCAAGCAAGGAGAUGCCCUUCUCGGCUUUCUGAGGAGACCCAGACUGAGAGAGGACACUUGUUUUCCCAGCGCACGCAGUGCACUAGACAGUGCAUGGGCAAGGCAGGGCGGCAGGGCUGCUGGGUCGGUCCUCGGUCCUCGGCAAGAGUAGGUUAAGGUCUGCCUGGACUGUGGUUUGCGCUGCUGGUUAGCCUCAUGAAGAGGCGUAUUUGCUGGCUGUGACUUGACAGUGUCCCCAAGGCUUUCCCCACUCAACUUGGACACUUUAUUCUUUCCUCCUACGUCUCCCCAAGAGGCCUUCAGAAUGGCUGUCCCCGGGGACACACUCAGACGAGUCUGCCUCAUCUGCGCUCCUUAUGGCAGUGGGGGUGGGUUUGCCUCGUUCCCACAGGUGCCAGCCUCCUGGCCCCUGGGCUCACUGGUGGCCUGUGCUGUGGGGAGGCGGUGGCUGCAGGCUUCGGGGAACCUGUGGGUCUGGUGCAGUGGACACCGGAGCUGCCUCUGCUCCCAUAGCCCAAUCACCAAACUGGGAGGAGGGAAGGGUGUUCCCAUUCCAAGCUAGAAUCUAGUUCCAGGGGGACCAUGGGACCAGGACUUGUCCGUCAGAUAAGUGAGCAGCACACAGACAGUUCCGGUGAGCUUGGCCUAGGAAGACUGAGCUCCUGCCAUCUCGGGAACUGAGGGGACCUGAGACAACGGCUUGAUUUGUGGGUCUUGAACAGCCUGCCUCUUCACUCAGAAGCUUCAAGUAGAAGUUUGAGCCCAGCGUGAAUACUGGGUCCCCCCUGACCCCCACCUCCACGGACUCCAGGAAGUAUAGCAUCCUCAUCUCUGAGGGUGGACCCCUGACUGGCUGGGGAGGGCAGGGCAGACAGAUAGACGGCCACUGGGCAGCAGAGCCUGCCCUCUCCUUACGAAAUCAGGUGAACUCUCAGGAGUGAAGCCCCAGAGUGACCCUGGCCCCAGCUGUUGGCCUUCCUUUCCCCACAACUGGAGGGGACAGGCGUGCAGGUGAAGUGGUGGUGACGGUGGGGGUGGGGCAGUGCUUUUGUCUUUUGUUUUCAGCUGUGAUUAAUUUGAAAACCAUGAACUGGCUAAGGCAUGGAGGGAGCAGUCACCCUCAGACACCAGGGCAGUUGCAGAGAGGUGGGUGGUGUUUCCGUUUUUCGGGCUGGGCUGAAAAGGUGACUGGUGGGACCAAAAAGGCAGGAGGCUUUAAUCAGCCCUCCCAAAGGAGGGGCUCCGCAGCCCCCACCCCGCUCUCCUCAGCCAGGGAUACAGGCGAAUAAGGUAGAAAAGGGGAAUUUCCAAACAGAGGGGUUUGAAGGGUGUGUCGGAGGAAACUGGGAAUUGUUCUGUUGCCAUGGAAAAUCCUGGGGCUGGUGGGACCUGGGCCAGCAGCUGGGAAGUGCAGACGGAGACAGGCUCAGAACGUGGGGACACCUAUGACUUGGUCUCUGAGAGAAGCUGUCUGUGUGAGGGGCGACAUCGCGGAGGGAAAAUCACUCCAAAUCGUGAACAAGUGCUUUUUUAUUUCAUCAAGGCCUGCCGCGCCCUUCUACCCAUGUGACAGCGAGCGAGAUGCUGUUGAAUUGUAUUACAAACUAUUAUACAUAUCCAACUUGUACUAAUGUAUGUAACUAAAAUAUGUACUUUGAAGAAAAAUAAAGUAUGCUUCCUAAGUUUCUAA